AUGUUGUACCGAUUGGCACAAGUGGUGAGUGCGGCACAUGCGGCACAUGCGGCAGUCAUUACCAAACACAAGACACGUAACCCAAAUCCACCACAACCCGCAACCACCACCACUAACGUCACCGCAUCCCGAACGCCCAUUCAUCCCUCAUCAUCCUCCUCCUCCCAACAGAAAAUAGCCAUGAAGCUCCUACCGACCUCCAAUCUGCUAGCAGCAGGCCUGCUAUUAUGCCAAUGGGUGUCUGCUGCUACUCCAUCCGCCUGGACGUUCGCCGAUGCCACUCUUCAGAUCUCGCAGAAGGGUGCCGAAGCAGGUCCCAAGCAGAAGUUUACAUCGACAUCCCCGAUAUCCGAUGCUUUGACUCUGAAAAAUACCGAUUCUUUAAAGAUACUGCUUACGACAAAGGAAGGCGAUACAGCCAAGCGACCCCACCAACUCUUCCUCUUUGUUAAGGAUACCGAGUCUGAAUUGGAAUCAUUCUUUUCUUUUGAUGUUAAGGAGUCAGGAAAGGCUCGAUUGGACCUCACCCAGAAGGAUAUCCCCGUCGCGCUUUUGAGCGCCCCAUCUCUUAGCUUUACAUUAGUUUUGGGCUCCUUCGGCCAAUCGACACCACUUUCUAUCGAAAUCGCCAAAAUUACCCCGGUCCUUGACGCGGCUGCCAAGAAGGCCCUCCCAGAGCCGCCACUGAAGUACCAGAAGCUCAAUGAGAUUCACCAUAUCUUCCGUGCCGAACCAAGGUCCCCACCAAAGGUUAUUUCGUUGGUAUUCUUGGCCGCCGUUGCGGCUUGUUUGCCGGGAUUGUUCGGUACUUGGUUCGGACUUUCGGCCAAUCUAUCCCAUCUCCCAAAGUCUCUUGCGGCAAGCCCCGUCGCUCAUCCAAUCUUCUUUGCCAGUUUGUUGGCGUUUGAGGCGGUGUUUUUCGCGUAUUAUACUCAGAUCAAUAUUUUCCAGACACUUGCUGCUGUCACUGUCAUCUCGCCGGUUGCUCUUCUCAGUGGAAGCAGGGCAUUGAGGGAGGUCCGUGCUAGGAGAUUGAAUGGAGAAAGAUAA